GGCGCACUGAGCCUCAGCCAAGCCGGGAGGCGGGCCCGAUGGCGAGGGGGCGGGGAGAGCUGCCUUUUGCGGCUGCGCACUCGAUAGCCUCGCCCCGGCGAGCCACUUCCGGCGCCGCCGCCGCCGCUCUUCCGGGCAGAGGCCGCUGAGGCUGGCCUCGGAGUUGUACGGUGCCGCUGACUGACCGAACGACCGGCCGACCAUGGUGCCCAGAGUGGCCCGCGGCUCGACGCCCUACUGGAGGUUGCCCCUCGGUGGCGCCGCGCUGCUCCUGCUGCUCAUCCCGGUGGCCGCCGCGCAGGAGCCUUCCGGAGCGGCCUGUUCUCAGAACACAAACAGAACCUGUGAAGAGUGCCUGAAGAACGUGUCCUGUCUUUGGUGUAACACUGACAAGGCAUGUCUGGACUACCCAGUUAGGAACGUCUUGCCACCGGCUUCCCUUUGUAAAUUGAGCUCUGCACGCUGGGGAGUCUGUUGGGUGAACUUUGAGGCACUGAUCAUCACCAUGUCGGUGGUUGGGGGAGCCCUCCUCCUGGGCAUCGCCGUCUGCUGCUGCUGCUGCUGCAGGAGGAAGAGGAGCCGGAAGCCAGACAGGAGCGAGGAGAAGGCCAUGCGUGAACGGGAGGAGAGGCGGAUACGGCAGGAGGAACGGAGAGCGGAGAUGAAGACAAGACAUGACGAAAUCAGAAAAAAAUAUGGCCUGUUUAAAGAAGAAAACCCAUAUGCUAGAUUUGAAAACAACUGAAACGCUCCAGCACGCCAGGCAGUCCCGAAGCUUCCUGUGAGGCGCACACUCCAGCAGAGCCCGGCCGGGAGACCACGUGGCCUUGAGGCCUCCUGACCUUGACCAGUGCAGCCUUCAGGACAGGCGGUCGGAGAACUGCCCCUAAAGGACAAUCCUCUUCUUGUCCCUGCAGACUUGUGACCUUUGAUUCCUUGUUUAUGUCUAGAUUUAGUUACUUGAAAUAGGAAGCCUUUGGGGUUUUGAGUUUUGGAGGAGGAAAUGUGCCUAUUCCACGCUCUUCUCAGUUUGUAAGCGUCUGACUGCCCACCAAGCCGCCCGGCGGCCCCGGUGCUGUGGCCAUGCAUUCUCCUGGGCAGCAGCAGAGCCCAGCGUCCUCCCUGUCUACUAACAAGCUUACAUGCGACAAUGGGAAGCCCAUUUUCCUUUUGUCAUUUCCCCAUAAAACCAUGGACAGUGUUUGUGCACGUGUCUUGAAUCUUCCCACCUGUUGAUUCACGUGGCUUUGCUGAUGACAGGGCUCCAGGACAGUCUCAUAAGGACCUACUCUUCUUAACUUCAAUUGUGUCAAAUAGCUUUGAGGAAUCGCUAAACUUAAACCUUUAAAAAACAAUUACUGGAUUUUCUUCCCUACUUAAAAGAUUUCACCAGAAUACUUUCAUAUAAAAAUUCAGGCCCCUUUUGGACAAUUUUUAAAAUUUGUGUCUUCUCUAGAAUAUGAGACUGUUUUUCCCUUGGACGCUUGAAUUACACCUGUGGUGUUGGGCACCAGUGGGCUCCCGUGCCGGCAGUGUGGGGAGGACGGGGGAGGGCGCUGUAGCUCUCUCCAGCCCUGUUGGUGUCCUCUUUCUGCCUGUUGGGCUGUCUGGGGGUGGCCAUUUAGGGAUCGUUGGGGAUGGCAGGUCCGCCCCAAGGAGAGAGAAAGGCCUGUCCACAGGUCAGGCUCUGGGCCGCGUGCCCGGGAAGCAGGUGUGCAGAGCCAGCUGAUGGCUCUCCCCACACCACCCAGCAGGCGCUGAUGCUCCUGCCUCACGGGAUCACUCCAGCUUCCAGCCGCUCUGGCUCGAGGGUGUUCUGGGCACUUCCUUCAUAGUGGGCUUCUCUGGGAGCUCUCCAGUGGCACUGCAGGCACCCGCACAGCUGGACCCGCCCCACGUUUCUGUCAAGUCGGGAUGCACGGCUUUAGUAAGUCAACCACGCACUUCAUGGCAGGGGAAGCAGCGUGUAGGGGAUCUGAAACACACUGCCUAACGAAGUGUGAGAGUAGUCCCCACUCCAGAUUGCUUUGAAGUUUUAAACACUUCGCUUUGGGAAAGUUGGUCGACAGCACCUAAGAGAAAUGACACGUUCGGUUUUUAUACUUCACGGUCGUGAAACUGAGAAAACUCUUCAGCAUGAGAGAAAAUUCCCAGGCAGAUCAACAUGACCCGGAACACCUUAAAAUCCUCCAGCAGCUGGACCAGCCUUUUCACUGCGCACAGCUCACCGAGAGUGACAUUCCCACCCUGAGAUUUCCACAGAGCGUGUGCCUGUACCCAGUUCUUCAGGCUUAUUUCUCUGACUUCUGGGGCAUUCAUAGCAAAGUAUUACAGAGAUUCCUGCCGAUUUUAUAGCAGCCAUCAGAAUUGGACUUCGUGUUGCUUAUUCCUAAAAGAAACUUCCUAAUAGACUUUAACGAACUUUGUGUGAAUACGGUAGUGUGUGUGCAAAGCCAGUUUCCUGCAUGUAGCUUGCUGAGCCGAAGGUAGCGCUUGGUGGUUAAAUACAGCAUAGUUAAUCCUUGUGUUCAGUGUGGAAAGCCACGUCUGGAAGGUUGGUCUUAGUCCAUCUGCUUUUUUCUGAAAUAUACUGAGAGCAGCCACAAAACUAUAACCUCAAGGAAACCAUAAAGCUUGGAGUGCCUUACUUUUUAACCAGUUUCCAAUAAAACGUUUUAAUACA